UGUGACCCUCGUGCUGACGUCGCGAGAAGAGACGCCAUUAGACACGAUCGCAGGAGCGCUCACGCACUCGCUCGCGCCCACACACUCUCGCACGAAGAAGCGCUGUCUGUGGUGGUCGUGGCCGGACGGAGACAGACGGUCUCCCGGCCCGACAGCGAGCCCCCUGGUCGCCGGGGAUUGGGGGGAUGUUUCCGGCGGCACGCCUCCUCCUCUGCGGACAGUCGCGGCCGUCCGACGUGACUCGCCGCCGUUCUCUUUCUUCGAACGUUUUUUCUUUUCUGUUUUUUAAAACUAAUUAUUUUUUGUAACAAUUAUUAAUUCGGGACUGCCGGCGGGGAUGGCGGCUGCGGGAGCCGGAGGAGCAGGAGGAGGGGGGAGUCGGAGCCAUUCAUUCAAGGUGGUUCUGCUGGGCGAGGGCUGCGUGGGAAAGACGUCGCUGGUGCUGCGCUACUGCGAGAACAAGUUCAACGACAAACACAUCACGACCCUGCAGGCGUCCUUCCUGACGAAAAAGCUCAACAUUGGAGGGAGAAGAGUCAACCUUGCCAUAUGGGACACAGCUGGCCAGGAGAGAUUCCAUGCUCUGGGACCCAUCUACUACCGGGACUCAAACGGAGCCAUAUUGGUGUAUGACAUCACAGAUGAGGACUCUUUCCAGAAGGUGAAAAACUGGGUGAAAGAAUUAAAGAAAAUGCUGGGGGACAACAUAUGUUUGUGUAUAGUAGGCAAUAAAAUAGAUCUUGAAAAGGAGAGAAACGUGUCCGUUGAAGACGCGGAGAGGUACGCCGAGUCGGUGAGGGCGAAACACUACCACACGUCUGCCAAGCUCAACAAGGGAAUCGAGGAGCUCUUCCUGGACCUGUGCAAAAGAAUGAUGGAGUUUGCACAGGACAACGGCACCAGCCAGGCGCAGCCGUCACGACGGGGAGUGCAGAUCGCGGACGACGAGCCCCCGGCAGCCACAGCCGCUGGAGGGGGGUGCUGUUCCUCUGGAUAGCUGGUCUCUGUGACGUGACUCUCCUCCACCCUCUACCCCCCACCCCAGUACUACUCUAUUCUUACUCUCCAGCACCACCUUUCAUAAAGACUGCCAAACAUUAAUUCUCCACGACCCCCCCAUGCCCUGUGAAUAAUGUGCUUACCGCUAUUUUCAGUAAUCAUGUUUUAUAAUCCACACAAGUGGGACUUUGACCAGUCUGCUGAACCUGAUGACUGUAACGGGAGGUCGGAGAAAGACCCAACAGCUCAUACAACAGACUAAGUGGUUUCUUCAGAGACCGUUUCCACCCAAAGACCCCACACCUGCACUACACUUUUUACUCAUCAACAUAGGAAGUGUGUUUGUACAAUGCAAGUCUGUAUGGAACUUCAUUUGGUUUACUUUUAAUAACUCAUCUUUAUUAUUUAAUAACUUAUGGCAAAUGGGGAAACAUUUUGUACUUCUGUGGUGCAUUAUGAGAAACAUAUAGUAGCAGCUUUUUUCUUUCUUUCUUUAUUUUCUUAAAUUUUGCAGAUCUCAUCUCAUUUUGCUGUUUUUUUUUUUUGUACUGGCCUGUACAACACUACUUAUACUGUACUUCUCCCCACUUCCUGAGUUGGUGUAUAUGAGUCUAGAGUCUGAACGACAUGUAAUAAUUGUAUCUGCCUUUAUGAGCUUCUGAGGGGGGAUAUGCAGGUGAAGGAAAGUUGUUCAUUAGUUUUGAUAUUGUGAAAUGAUUAAUAGUCGUCAAUGGAAGCACACUUUUUGGAUUUUUUUUUUUUUUUUUAAAACUGCUAGCAUCAUAGGUGUUUUGUAAUAGAACAAUUAUAAUGAUUUACAGUGAACUGGUGUCAUAGGAAUGGUUAUUGUCCUCUGUCUAAAUCUAGCUUCUUGUGUAAUUUUGCAUACAAAAUGCAUAUUUAUGUUUCCUAUGUAAUGUAAACUACACAGGGAUGGCACAGUUGUGCAGCAGGUAGCUCAGUGAUUGAAUGCGUGUGCACAGCCAUUGUGAUUUACUGGCGUUCCGUCCCCCUUUCUGUCCCUAGUGUCCUGUGCCUCUAGGAUAGGAUCCUGACCAUGAGGAAUAAGUCAGCCUUUAGGAUGGAUGGAUGGAUGGAUGGGCUUAUCUGUCGACCCUCACUUCACACACUUGCCUUCUUACCUGCCCUUCUAGUGGGUUGGUUGUCGUCCCCCAACACCCCCCCCCCCCCCCAAACUAUAGAUACUUGUCCUCUUGAGCAGCACAAAGAGGAUAGUCGGUGGUCCAGGAAUCAUGUAAGCUGACACCGUCCUGGUGGCCUAGAACCCUGCUCCACUGAAAAAACAUGUUAAACUUUUUACCCCUGAUGUGACACACACCAAAAUUCAUUACAGCACUUAAGCUGUUACUUAAGAAAACAUUUGCUGCGCCGACGCUGCGACAUCCUCAAGCUUUCAAAGCCCCCAAGCUCUGUGUCCACGAGACUGAUGGUGUCACUGAGAAGAAUGACUACCAGUAUCCAGGACACAGCAGUGUUAUGGUCAAAGCAGUAGUGUCAUUAGGUUUGGUGUCACAGACCCCUGCCAUGAGCAUCCUCCCUUACCAGACCAUACAGAAUCCUUAGUAAAGUUUCUAUUUGUACUGAAGUUACUCGUAAAUCGUAAUUCUAGUAUAUCACAAUGUAAUGGCAAUAGUAGUGAUAU